CAACACUAAAGAAUAACAGCAAGCUGUCCCACACACCAUGCCUAGAGGAUCCUCCUUGAGAAACAACUAGAAUUCAUCUCUUCGACAUACCUUCAAGCUCAUGACAUCGACUCAACCAUUCGUGCUCCGCUGGGGAAUCAUCUCGACUGGAAACAUCGCUAGAUCCUUCGUCCAUGAUCUGCUCGUGGAUCCAAAGACUCGAGGCGUCUAUGAUGUGGUGCAUAAGGUGACUGCUGUGGGGUCCAGGAGUCUCGCCGCCGCAGAGGACUUCGUCCACAAAUAUGCCAAUGGUGAUGAGUCGAUCAAAGCAUAUGGCAGCUACGCAGAAGUUUACACAGAUGAGGACGUUGACGCCAUUUACAUUGGCACCCCUCAUACGUGUCACUAUGAAAAUGCGUUGGAUGCCAUCAAGGCAACGAAGCAUGUUCUGUGUGAGAAGCCAGUGACUUCGAAUGCUGCUGAACUGCGGUCAUUGUUGGCUGCCGCAAAAGAACAGGGUGUCUUCUUUAUGGAGGCCUUAUGGACUCGCUUCCAACCACUUGCAAAGGAGGUCAAGAAGAUCGCAGAAAGUGGCGUGCUAGGAGAGCCCGUUGCCCUGCAGGCAGACUUGUCACUCGACUUCAAAUUACAUGAGUUGCCAAAGACUCACAGAAUUCUUGACCCCUACCUCGGCGGCGGUGCAUUGUUGGAUCUUGGCCCUUACCCCCUGAUCUGGGCUCUUCUUGCACUGUAUGAACACCCCUCCAACAAGAAAUUGAAACCCUCCCAAAUCACAGGGGCGAUGCUGAAGACGCCGCUGACUGGUGUCGAUCGCAGCACAUCCUUCACUGUGACAUUCGCUCCUAUCUCAUCGUCCACAGCAAACACCCUCGCAGCACAGGCCGUCCUCAGCUGCAACAUCAACGCCGCUGCGUACCAGACUGGCGUGGUGAUACGCUACGAACGUGGCAUUAUUGUUAUUCAUGCACCGAUAUACUGUCCCCGAUCGUUCACAGUGCAGUACUUCGAAGAGGGAAACCCGAAAUUUGUGGUAAAGGAGGAAACGCGGCGAUUCGAGUACGUAGGGAAUGGAAUGCACUUCGAAGCGGACGAGGUGGCGCGAUGUGUGAAAGAUGGCAGGGUGGAAAGCGAGCUGUGGGGACACGAUAAAAGCUUGCUGGAGAUGGAAAUCUUCGAUGAAGUCAGACGACAAGGAGACUACAAGUUCCCGCCUGGUGUCGAGAAAGUUGUCUGAAGAGCCAUAUCACAGCAUAACUUAUGGGCCUACAUCGGGAUCUAGUCGUCAUGUGUCUGUAUUUCUGUGGGAAGAAUUGCCGUUAGAAUCUAGGGGUGUUCAGCGAGAGAAAGCAGUGAGGUCGUGUGGUUGACCGUCAAGUAGUUCAGGUCAUAGAAACAUACCCGCCAUUAUGUUUUCCGUCUCUUGGAAAUAAUUCUAGUAGCUUAUGGUGCUUAGGUACGACUGAGCUGAAAUCAAUGCGAGCACCGUAGCACGCGUCAAUUGUAAUGUGGAGG